AUGCAUGCGGCGGCGGACGUACGUGGUCAUCGGAGACUGACGAAGUCAUCGCACACAGCCGGCGGCCGCUUUCUGGCCGAACCGCCAGCUCCCGCUUGGGAUCGACGUCCCGGCGAUCGAUUCCCCUACAGCCAGGUUGACGGAAUAUACGCUAACCAUGCACUACUGACUAUCAUAAAUGAUUUGGUGGGCAAGGAAGUGUUGGUAGAGGCAGUUGACGGGGCGAAAUAUUCGGGGAUAUUUACUGCAUGCUCUCCAGAAUUUGACAUUGGUUUACGACACGCGUAUAAAAUCACAACGGGUAAUAUGACGAAUCUGCUACCGAAAAAGGAGGACAUGACCACUAAAAUGCUAUUCAAAUUCAGUGAUAUAGUAGCGAUGUCAGCUCUUAUGAAUGAAGAAAAAAUGAUUAGAGGGUUUGCCACAGACCGUGACUACCAUAUCAAGCAGCAGAAUGGACGUCUUGGUGAUGAAGAACACGAACUGCAAGAAUGGAGUGCAGACGAAGAUGCCGAAGAGAUUGAGCCCCUAGACCAAAUGCCAGAUCAGCGUCAGCGAUAUCAGCGCAACAAUGGCUGGAAUGUCGAAGAGAUGUUCAACACAAAUUCGCAAAUGGGUGUGCAAUCGACCUACGAAGAAGACCUUCGUCAGUAUACAACAGCCCCAGUGGAGGGCAACGAAGAAGAUCGUCGACGUGCGGACCAGAUCGCAAGAGAAAUCGAAAACAGCCAGCAGAGCAAGUUCAAUGCUCGGCUUGAGAACGACGACGAUGAACGCGACCUUGAUAAGCAGACUACUGAAGAGGACUUUGAGGUACAAUCUAAGCGAGGAAGUGGCUCUGGUGGGCAACGCGGAAAUUUCAACGUUCGUAAUCAACGCAAUGGUGCAGGUGGUCCGGCGAUGGGGAAUCGGCGUGCAGAUGUGAUGAAAGGAGGCUCUGACCGAAGAGGCGGAAUGACCGGUCGUUAUCCCACUCAACCGCACAACGUAAAUUCGUCACAAAAUAGGGGAAUGUCAGGCAACAAGUAUGAACCGAGAGGUCGCCCGUCAGCACAAGAACUUCAGGAUAGCUUCAAUGAGUUUUCAAUUAAUAAAGAAGGAAAUCUGCGUAGAGAUCCGUCACAGGGUCAGACAUCCAGAACAUACGAGAGCAAGAGUCAAUCUUCGAAAGUUCUACUAGAGCCGCGCACAAGCGCAUCUCCUCGCACUACUCCCACUGAUGUAAAGCAACAGCCUCAAGCAGGAGCUGCAGCUCGCCGUGCUGAUGGAUUACGGGGAUGGAAUCAGGAAUUCAAUAACAAUUAUCGGCCAGAGGGCAAGGCAAGCUUAUUUUCUUCCAUACUCAAUAGUUUUUUACUGUCUGGAUACCCAACCGAUACCCCAAGAGAGUCGCCAGCGCGCUCUCUUCCUGCAGCACCAUCCGGUAAUGCCUGGGCUCGAGGUCCUCCUACCAGUGUGACCAAUGUCCACAACUCAUCCCAGCAAGCCACACCCACUCCAGCUUCCCCCUCACAUGCCGCUGAAACGAACGCAACGGAGCCUAUGCCAAGCUCCACGAACAAUGAUCAGUCUGCGGAUGCGUCAUCUACAGCAACUGAGUCAUCUCCCCAGACCGAAGGUCCUUCUGCAACGGCUGCAGCAUCAUCUGCUCCCUCUACUGGUACUCAAGCAGCUUCUCAUGAGGCUACCCCUGACUCCACGGCUGCGACGAACACAAGCACUGAAAAGGAGGAGGGCACGAAAAAGUUCACGUUCAAUAUAAAUGCGCCAGCAUUCAAACCGCGAAGCGCAACAGCUCAAUUGCAACAAGCUCAAGUCGGGCCUCCUCCAGGUGGUCCUCCUCAAGCCAUGAUGGGGGCUGUUCCAAUGGUCCCAACCGGAGUUCCUAUUCAGACGGCAAUGCCUCCUCCUGGCAUGCUACCCACUAUGCAAACUGGCCAGCCGCCUGUGCUAGUGCAGUGGCAAGGAGCUCCUGGACAGCAGUACCAGGCAAGUACUUAA